AUGUCUGCAGACGGCACCAACAGCCUUGCAGCCUUUGCUGAGGCUGGCGCCGUUCCUUUCCUGGUGCAGCAGCUGUGCAGCAGCGGCAGCGAAGUGGUGCAGCACCAGGCAGCCGCUGCGCUGAGCAAUUUAGCCCACGGCAGCUCUGCAGGCAGGGCAGUCGUUGCAGCCGCCGGCGCCAUACCAAGCCUGGUGCGCCUCCUGGGCAGCAGUAGCAGCGUGGAGUUGCAGGUGGAAGCAGCUGGGGCACUGUGCAACCUGGCUCACAGCCCUAGCAACACUGCAGCCAUCGCAGCAGCGGGCAGCAUCCCCAUACUGGUGCAGCUCUUGCGCAGCAGCGGCAGCGAGUCUCUGCAGGCGGCAGCAGCCCGCGCACUUUGGAGCCUCGCUGGAGACUUGUCAGACUGCAGGGCAGACAUUGCAGCCUCCGGCGCCAUCCCAAUCCUGGUGCAGCGCCUCAGCACUAGCAGCAACGAGCACGUGCAGCUCACCGCAGCCGCGGCGCUCUCCAACCUUUCUGUUGACGGCGCUGACAACCAGGCCGCCAUCACGAGCGCUGGAGCCAUCCCUGUUGUGGUGCAGCGCUUGGGCAGCAGCAGCACCACCAUCGCAGCGGAGGGCGCCAUCCCUGUGCUGGAGCGCCACAUGAGCAGCAGUGGCAGCGAGAAGGUGCAGACACAAGCAGCCAUAGCGCUUGCAGCGCUUUCUGAGAACAGAAAGCACAUGGCCGCGCUUACAGCAGCUAGCGACUUUGCAGCACAGCUCAACGUGUUUGACGACGGACAGCCGGAGGCAGCUGUUGCAAAUGCACCCGCAGCGGCAGGCAAUCAGGCAUUCCCAGCAGCCGACGCAGAGGAGGCGGCUGCGGUUCCAGCAGAGGCAGUAGCCCCUGCUGCGCGUGCCGCGCCAGUGCCUGGUGCCAUGGCGUGCGCUUUGGAGGGCUGCGGCAACACACGGCGCCUGCGCCGCUGCCAUCUGUGA